AUGGCUACAAUUGAUAAAGAGCCUGAUGACAACACAUCACUAGCCAUCGUUCCAGUGAUAAUUUCGGCAAACGGAAUCGACUUCUCCACAUUCGCCUUUUUGGAUCCUGGAGCAACAGUAAACGUAAUGCGUGAGGAUAUCGCAGAAAAGUUAAAAUGCUCAGGAAAAAUGGAAAAAGUUUCCUUCGGAACAUUUCAUGGUAUUGAUCCGGAGUUUGACUCUAUGAAAGUCAGCGUGACAAUCAAAUCUCUCGAUAGGUCGUUUGAAGCCGAACUACUGAAGGUUUCAACAGUGCCGAAAGGGUAUUUAAAGCUACCUCGCCCAAUUGAAGAAUUAAAGGAGGUACGUGAACGAUAUGCUCAUCUAAGCGACAUCAAACUUGCAUCGCUAGGAGAGCCGACUAUUCUGAUUGGCGGAGGAAAUCAAUGGCUUCAUCUUCGAAUGGACGAAAGACGUCCUCCUGAUGGGAUCAACGCACCCUUUGGAAUUCACACUCCGUUCGGAUGGACGUGUGUAGGAGAGUUCACCUCACCAUCAGAAGCAACAACCGUAUGCAGAUCGGAUAAACCGCUGCUCCCUAUUCAAAAACUUUGUUAUAGUAUUCAAGAGUCGCCUACAGAAGAGCUCCUUCUCCGUCAAGUGGAGAAAUUAUGGGAAACUGAUAGUUUUCCUAUCGUCACCCCUGUGAAACCGUUAGAAUCGGCUGAAGAUCAACUGGCAAGAAACAAGCUGGACGCAAGCAUCAAAUUCGACGGUACCAGAUUUGAAGUUGGUCUGCCAUGGAUCUCAGACAAGGUGACUCUUCCGGAUAAUUAUUUGCCAGUUCUUCGUCGUCUCUAUUCCGUCGAACAUAAAUUUAGUCGUGACUCCGCCUUUGCGGAGAAAUAUGCAGCUGUGAUUGACGACUACAUCAGUAAAGGAUUCGCCAAGCCGCUCAAGAAGAGUGAACUUACCGGUACAUUCGGAAGAAAUUGGUACCUUCCUCAUCAUGGAGUUGUCAACCCGCAGAAGCCAGGAAAAGUGAGAGUUGUUUUCGAUGCAUCAGCCAAACAUGAAGGAGUGGCUCUGAAUGAAGUACUGUUGAAAGGUCCUAGUCUUGUCAAUGACAUAGGAACUACACUUCUUCUAUUUCGCGAAAAAACUUUCUCUUUAUCAGGAGAUAUCCAGCAAAUGUUUCUCCAAGUUGGCGUAAAAAAGGAAGAUCGUUCGGCUCUUCGUUUCUUAUGGCGUCCCCCUGGAAAUAGAAAUCCGCCUACGAUAUACGAAAUGCAGCGACAAAUCUUCGGAUCGAUUUCUUCUCCCUUUAUCUGCUCGCAAGUUCUUCGACAUGUAGCCGAUCUUUAUAGGGAGGAAUUUCCGGAAGCUGCUCAACGUAUUUACACCAACUUCUACGUCGAUAAUCUUUUGGAUUCCUUUUACACGGAAGAAGAAGCAAUUCAAGCUGUAAAGGAUUCCACCGCACUAUUGAAAAAAGGAGGCUUCCAUCUCAAUCAGUGGCUCUCGUCAUCUCGUCAAGUUUUAGCUCUCGUUCCAGAAUGUGAUCGCAAUCAACCUCGUCUCAACUUGGAUCUUGAUGACCUGCCUACUGAGAGAACUUUGGGAGUCUUAUAUGACAGUGAAAGCGACCACUUCAUCUUCGAUGUUAAAUGUAAUGUGGAAGCCAACACAAAACGUCAAAUUCUUAGUGCUGUUUCGACUCUCUUCGAUCCGUUGGGAUUUUUAUCCCCUAUCGUUCUUCUCGCUAAACGAAUUCUUCAGGAGCUGUGGCUAGUUGGAGUGGACUGGGAUCAGCCGAUCCCAAAUUCAAUUAUGCAACAAUGGAAUCAAUGGACCGAAACUCUCAACUGUUUGAAGAAUUUUAAAGUCCCUCGAGCGCUCACAUUAAGCAACGAAAUCAAGAAUAUUCAACUUCACGCUUUUUGCGAUGCCUCAACUCUUGGUUUCGGAUCCGUUGUUUAUCUUCGAGUCACCUACGCUACUGAUGUCGUCGCCGUAAAUUUCGUCUCGUCAAAGUCCCGCGUGGCACCUCUUCGUCCGCUUACUGUCCCGAAGUUGGAGCUUCAAGGAGCAAUAGUGGCAUUGCGACUUGUCAAAUUCAUUCAAUCUUCGCUUCGCAUAACAAUCAACCAAGUAUUUUAUUGGUCUGAUUCAAAAACCGUUCUUCAGUGGAUUGCCUCCAAAACCUGCCGCUUUCAAACUUUCGUCGCUAAUCGUGUUUCGGAAAUUUUAGAGCAUUCUCGUCCGAUCGAAUGGCGGCAUGUUCCUGGCGUCGAAAAUCCUGCUGAUGAAUGCAGCAGAGGACUCUUCCCUGCUGAAAUAAUGGAAAACGAUCGUUGGUUGACCGGCCCCGCCUUCUUGAAACAAGAAGAUGUCGAUUGGCCUCAACCUAUCAAAUUACCGGAGCCCAAUGAAGAUGAUCCGGAAGUUUCUGCAACCAAGUGGGUGGGAGUCAUCUACGGCCCCGCUCCUGAAAACAGGCUCCGCACUCUAUUGGAAAGAUACUCUGAUUAUGGCCUGGCCAUGAGAGUCGUGGCCUGGAUGUUCCGCUUUAUCUUCAAUUCCAGGUUGAAAUCAGCCAAAGAACGUAGCGGAUCUUUUCUUAGCGUCAAAGCUAUUCAACAAGCCGGAAGUCAAUGCAUCCGGUCAGCUCAAUUGGAAUGUUAUCCCGAAGAGAUGGCGGCGCUGGAGAAGAAACGUUCUCUCAAAUCCAGUUCUCCGUUAUUGAAACUUUCGCCGUUUAUCGAUAAAGAUGGUGUGAUGCGCGUUGGAGGUAGGCUUGAUUAUGGCCCCUUUUCGUUUGAUGUUAAACAUCCAAAAAUCCUCCCGCAUGAACAUCCAAUAUCUCGCCUAAUCAUCAUGAGAGAACAUGAUCUACUGGUUCAUCCGUCAGCUGAAAGACUUCUCAGCUCUAUCAGAUCUCGAUUUUGGAUCAUCAAAGGAAGAGUAGCCAUCAAACGAUAUUUAUACAAAUGUCUAACCUGCAAGCGUCAUCGAGCGAUGCCCUGCAUUCCGUUAAUGGCCCCGCUUCCAAGACAUCGUCUAGCUCCUUUCAAUCGCCCCUUCACUUAUGUGGGUUUGGAUUUUUUCGGCCCUUGCAACAUCACUAUUUAUCGUCGCAAGGAAAAGCGUUACGUCUUGCUCUUCACUUGCCUCAACACUAGAGCAGUGCAUCUUGAAGUGACAGCGUCGCUUGAUUUAUCUUCGUUCUUGAUCGCCUUCGCAUCGUUUUCGGCCCGCAGAGGUCGUCCUUCUGUAGUUUACAGUGACAACGGAACCCAAAUUGUUGCUGGCAACAAGGAAAUUCAGCAAGGGAUCGAGCGUCUUAAAAAACAAAACCUCGUCGGCCAAAUGAUUAAACAAGAAAUUGAGUGGCACUUUUCACCUCCAUCGGCUCCACAUUUCGGCGGAGUCUGGGAAAGUUUGGUGAAAUCAGCAAAGGUGGCGUUAGAAGCCAUCGUGGAAUCUCGGCCGCUCACGGAAGAAUUAUUACGCGGUUUUGUGAUUCAAGCCGAGUCUUUAUUGAAUGGACGUCCACUCACUCAUGUCAGCGUGGACCCUCGUGAUCCGGAACCUCUCACGCCGAAUCAUUUUUUACUUCUUCAAGGAUCUCCAAAUUCCGAAGAUGAUGUCAUUGGAGAUGAAGAAUUAUAUUCGCGAAAGCAUUGGGAGGCUAUGCAGGUCAUGUCGACUCACUUCUGGCGUCGAUGGCUUCAAGAGUACCUUCCAACCAUCACCGAUCGUCGAAAAUGGCUUUUUGACAAGAAGAAUUUAGCUGUUGAUGACGUCGUCUUGGUGGUGACUCCGAAUUCUCCGCGAGGACAUUGGCCCAUUGGCCGAGUAACCAGAGUCGUCCUCAGCCCUGAUGGAGUCGUCCGUUCGGUGUUCGUCAAGACAUCCGCUGGAGAGUAUCACCGUCCGGUGGCCAAGCUAUGUUUAUUGGAAACUAGCACUGAAGAAUAA